AAGUCAACCACGGCCUCUCCUGGUAGCACACGGAUCAGUGGUGCAACGUCGAGCAGCACAGCCUCACCUACUGGACAGUCUGUGACUCCGACAUCGACUGCUGGGCCCGGAAGCAGUCAUUCAAGCGGCCCUAUCUCUACGGCCUUGUCCACCUCGUCCGAUACCAUAGAGUAUGCCACCGUUCUCAUGCUCGCCACAUCAAAACCCCCCGAAGGUAUCGACUCCAAGACCACCGUCACCUGGACUUCCACCGAGGUCACCAAGACAACGACCCGCGAUGGCAUCGCCUGGCCCACAAUCUUUCCUGCGUGGUCCUGCGGCGGCGGGCAGCUGCUCUGCGCGCCCAAGUGUCUAAUCCCCUUCCUCUCCUGCGGCGGCCUGAACCUCCCAGGGCCUCGUGGGUUUCCCUGGGCCAAGCCUCCAACACACAACCCAAGGGGUAAGCCUCGCAAGGUCAGGCCUGAUGACCCUACCGACCCCGAGGAGCCGAAAGACGAACCUGAGGAGAGCCCAACGUCCGCGACUUCAUCGGAGGCCUCCUGCACCGCGACCACAACCGUCUCGCCCAACUGUAACCAGCACUGCUUCGUCAGGCCCGUGACAACUUCCGGGUCGACGACAAGCUUCACCACCACCUGCAACACGGCCACCUGCAAGCCGACCGUCGUCUGCAGCAAGACCCUCGACACGACGACGACGACGACGACCUUCACCACGCACUCGGCCACGCCGACCCCGGCGGAGCACUUCUGCGGCGACCGAGAAUCGCCGUGCCUGAACUGCGCAGCCAAACCGGGAGGCAAAGGCCUCGUCGCCCGCCAGCACGGCUUCAUCCCCUGGAACCCCGCCCCGGACCCCGGCCUCCUCGACGGGCCCAGAGGCCUCACGCGCCCCGACGACUGGCCCGAGGGCCCCCAGAACUGGUGGGACCGCAUGUGGAGGUACGUCUACCACUACUGUGACGGCCUCACGGCGCCGCGCCUCACCCUGGACGGCGAGCGCCUCGAGAUGGGCUACUCGACCAUGCACGCCGACGUCUUCGGGGACCGGCCGCUCGCCGGCGCCACCGGGCCCUUUUGGGGCUGCAGCGGCGUCAUCAUCGUCACCAAAAGGGGCAUCUACACGAGCCACGUGUGGGAGAUACCCAACUUCCACAAGGGCACCCACAAGCCCACGGCCUUCGACUGGGACGCCGAGUUCGACGAGGGCAUCCUGCAGUUCCUCAAGCGAGGGUCCGGCGACCGCAUCGGCGGCUACAAGGGCAUCGAGCAGCUGCGGCGCGAGACCGACAUCUUUGACAACGUCGCCGAGGACACGCUGGCCGUCAUCCUCCACGUGCCCUCCUCCAUGGCCUUCACGGGCACCUCCCAGAUCCCCCCCAACUACGGCGACUUCGACCCCAGGCACGCCCGGCUCGUGGGCCGGUGGGUCGACUUCAUCGCCGACGACCUCGGCUUCCCGCGGGACAAGAUCCGGAAGAACAUCUACGUCAAGGGGCCCUCGUACUGGCCGGCCUACGCCCAGGAGAGGAACCCCCUGAGCCCCAUGGACAUGUACUCGCCGCCCUACGGCCUCCUGCACUGGCAGUACCACCCGGCCCACGUCGUCUCGACGACGGCCGACGGCGCCGAGGUCCGCAAGCCCACGAUCCGCGUCUGGUACGAGAAGUUCCUGGUCUUUGAGGAGUCUUGGUGUCCCCCGGGUGCCGUGGCGGCUCGGGACAACGAGCACGCCGGAUCGUGCCCGAUGCCUUCUGCCCCGGGGCAGUCCUCACCCGCGGCUUCGGGUGGUUCGGUCGCCGCUUCAGGAUCCGUUUCUGCGCCCGCUUCGAGAUCUGUUUCUGCGUCCGCUUCGGCUUCCAUCCCCACCUCCGCCUCCAGUGGUGCCCCUGGGACCAGAGCCGCGAGCAACGGUGCCUCCAUGAGUGCAUCCCCGAGUACAUCUUCGAUCCGUUCAUCUACCUCAUCUUCCCUGCAGGCAAAGACAUCUUCGCCCAAGCCCAAGGUCACAGUCUGGCUAACAAUCACUCCUAGAGUAACAGUCACCAGCCGGACCAAGCCCACCUCGACCGCACCAGCAGAUGACCCUGAAUUCGAGCCAGGCAUCCCGGAUAUACCCAGAAUCGUAUUCGCUAGGAGGUCCAACCCCCUCCCCGGCUCCGACCCCGGCCACGCCCCUUCAAGGCGUCUUGUUCAAAUUUCCCAGCAAAUGGCCUUCGGCGGCGACAAGGCCCACCACACAGCCGUCGUCACCGUCUACGACAUUUCCGGGAACAGCGAGACGAUCCUCGUCAGCGAGCGCGACAGCAAGAAUGGAGGGCCUGUCGACCUGCCCCGCGUUUUGACGGUUGAGGACCGGUACGGCGGCAGGCUCGACGUCAAGUUCAUGAGGGAGAUGCACCAGAUCGAGCUUGAAUCUAAUAGACGAGGUAGUACCGAGAGGUGGACGCUGACGAGCAUCAAGGACGAGAAGAACCCGGACAAGGCUUAUUGCGAAGUCCGCGGUGUCACUGCAGGCGAG